GUGUUUAUCUCGUGUAUUUGUACUCUUCACACGGCGUUAAACGUGUUUAUCUCGUGUAUUUGUACUCUUCACACCACGUUAAACGUGUUUAUCUCGUGUAUUUGUACUCUUCACACCACGUUAAACGUGUUUAUCUCGUGUAUUUGUACUCUUCACACCACGUUAAACGUGUAUUUUAUUCUUCUGUCCAUCUGGAUGAAAGAUAUUACGCUUGUUUCUCAACACGAUAGCCAGAAAUAAUGCGUCUAUUUCCCACUAAGUUUAUCUGCAGUGGUGGAAAGUAUUUUGAAUACGGAGGUACUUGUACUUCUACUGGAGAAGUAAACCUUUGUUCCAGCUGCUGUCUGUAGUAUCUUUCUACAUCGUAGUAGUACUACGUGUACUAGAGGAUCCGAAUACUUCUUCCACCACCAAAAGUACCUUUGGUGCAAAUCAGAGCGACAAACUAACCGGAUCAAUUCAUUUCAUUUAAUUGAGUCUGUUUUUUGUUUUUUUAAUUGGCACCAAAUGACAAAAGUUCUUUAUUCAAUUAUUUAAACUGUAACUUUUAUUGACAGUUGUGUUCAUAUUAAUGCUAUUUAGAAUUAUUUAGUUUAUUUAUACACAAUAAUCUGUUUAUUUAAGGAGAUUCUGGCAACAGUUUGUUGUUGUUUUGAUUGUUUUAAAGAACACAAACAAAUCUUAUGCACUCGGUGGAAUAUUAUUUAAUCCAGAUUUACAGAAGAAUCUUUUAGAAUAACUUCGAGUCAAAAAAGAAAUCUCUUAAAAUAGAGAGAAACUCUUUUGUUUCGGUCGACCUACCCAGAAUGCAUUGCUCUGCCCUAAAGUAAAGCGGCCCGGAUCUCGAUUGAAACUCGGCGGAAAAUAAACGUGAUCGUCGAAGCGACGAGGGACGAAGAAUGUCGAGCGGGGUGCGUCCCAUUUCAGAAGCGUGUCUCCUUGUCCUCACAGCCAGUCAGCUGUUUCCUGGACGUCCAGAUGACGUCACGAAGAUUUAAGAUUGUUUCCUUUUUCAGUUUUUGGCAACUUUUGCCGAUGUUUCUAUUUUUUUUUAUUUGAAUGAAGAUAUUUGAAGACUUUUAAUUAGUUAAAUCCCCCAAAAUAAUCAACAGAUAAUUGCACCUGAAAUUUAAAAAGAUUUUAAAAUAUGAAUUGUAACAACGAGAGAGGACACAAACUUUAGGGAGUAGAAAAAGGAAAAUUAGAUAGAUUAUCUUCUUUUCCUCUUAUUUUUUUAUUUGAGUAAAAAAAAGUCGAGCUGAAGAGAAAUGGAAUGGAGCCCGGCCCCAACCAGACGGACUUUGAAAAGGGGGACACGUGUCUGGAAUGGGACGCAGCCCAAACCAGACGUCCUUUUCCUCAGCGGUGUGAAUGAGAGGAGUGAAGUGUGUGUUAAAGGGGAUAAAUAUUCAAAAUGGAACGUAGCCCAAAAAAAAAAAGACCAUUUUAAGGUUUUAUGAUGUUGGACUGAAGGGCACAUCGAAGGGGGCCAAGAGCGUCCUGAUC